GACAACUCAACUACCGAAACACAUGAGAAAUAUCGCAAGCCUGAAGAAGAUCAAGUAAAUUCCGGACAGAUUUCCAAGCUUUGCGCACAAAUUCAGGAUAUUCAUUCUCGGAUGGAAAUAAAACGUAGUGAAUGUCACGACCUUGAAGAGUCCAACAUCAAGCUUACAAAAUUAAUAGAUCAAAUUCGAUUGGCUGUAGCAAAACUGGAAAGAGAUAUUGGCCCGACAGUAAGGUCGUCUAGCGUGAAAAUAGAAGAUGCAGAAAAUUUGGUUGUUUACAUUCGAGAUUUUAAAAAUAGGAUAGUUAGCGGGUGCUUGUUGCAUUCGGACUAG